AUGAUCUCCCCGGUCCGUCUACUCCCUCUCAUUGGGAGUCUGCUCUCAGUCGUCUCCGGAAAACCGACGUCCAAGACAUCGUCCGAGGUUCUUCUUCCUAGCGAAGAUCCUUUCUACAGCGCCCCCAAUGGCUAUGAAAACAAAGUCCCCGGAAGCGUUCUACGCAUACGUUCCGCUCCCGGCAAUCUAACAACCUUGGUCAAUGCCUCCGCAGCAUACAACAUUGUCUACCGCACCACAGACAGCAGAUACAACCCCUCAUGGGCCGUUACCACCGUCUUUGUGCCUCUCAAUCCUCGUCGCGAAAAGACCUCGUCGUUGCUCUCAUAUCAAAUCGCCUAUGAUUCCCACGACCUCGACGCUAGCCCCAGCUAUGCCAUGUAUUCUUCGCCUCCCACGGAUGUCAUCCUCGCUCUGGAAGAGGGCUGGUACGUCAACGUCCCCGACUACGAAGGUCCUCUUGCCUCCUUCACUGCCGGCGUGCAGUCCGGCCACGCCACUCUCGACUCCAUCCGCAGCAUCCUGUACGCCGAAGACGCCCGCUUGGACUUGGAGACUGAGUCUUCUCUCAUCGCUCUCUGGGGAUACUCCGGCGGUGCUCUUGCCAGUGAGUGGGCCACCGAGCUGCAGGUCCAAUACGCCCCCGAGCUCACUAUUGCCGGUGCCGCCCUGGGCGGUCUCACGCCUAACAUCACCAGUGUCAUGGACACCGUCAGCGGCGGGUACAGUGCUGGUCUUAUCCCCGAGGCUAUUCUCGGCAUUGCCAGCCAAUACCCGGCUACCUACAAGUACCUGGUUGGUCAGUUGAACGCUGAGGGCAAGUACAACCGCACUACCUUCCUCGCCGCGGCUAAAAUGACUCUGACCGAGGCGUCCGAGUUCUUUGUUCUGGAGGAUGUCUUUGACUACUUUGUUGAUGGCGAGGCUACCUUCAAGGCGGCUGUUGUCCAGCACGCGCUGAACCGCGAUGGAUACAUGGGAUACCACGGUGUGCCUCAGACUCCGAUCUAUGCGUACAAGGCCAUCAAUGAUGAGGUUAGCCCUAUCGCGGAUACCGAUGCGCUGGUGGAGAGAUACUGUGGUGUUGGAGUCAACAUCCUGUAUGAGCGCAACACUAUUGGUGGACACUCUGCUGAGGCUCUCAACGGUCAUGCGAGUGCCUUGGCCUUCGUCGCUGCCGUUCUCGGUGGCACUUACAGCAAGACAUAUGAGACCACUGGAUGCACGAUCAAGAACGUUACUAUUGAUCUUAGCAGCUCCCCACUAUGA